CUGGAGCGGCCGUCGCGCUCCCACUUCGUACUUAACGCUUCUUCGAUGUAUUUCCAUUUUUAAAUUCGAUUUGCUAGUAUUCCAAAUUUAAAAUUAUUUUUUAUUUUUUUUAUUUAUGUUUAAUUAUCGAUUGUGACUACUAACAAUGUUUUGCAAGGAACGUGAAAUUCCCAAAGGGCGAAUUUGGAUGCAGUUUAUGUGCUCUACAGUUAUGUUAUACGGUGUUUUGUGCUUGUGAGCCAUGGAUGGAUCGUGUUCAUAUCGGAUGUUUAAUACGGAAACAUGACGGCCGAGGACCGAGCGAACAUUUUCACUGAUGACGACGAGGACUUGCGGCCACGACAGCAGAGCUUGGGCGGCGUGUUGCGGCGCGAAGGCAACUGGAAGUGCUUCAUGCUGACGCUGAUGAUCGUCGGCUGCCUCGGCUCCGUCGCCUGGUGCAACACCGCCGAGAUCGACAGGGACCUCAUUGACUUUAGCAAGCACCCUAUAAAGCGCACAGUUCGCGAGUCCCCGUGCGACGUGGGGUACGCCUACAUCCCCAUAGCGUUUGUGCUUCUGCUGUACCUGGUGUACCUGGUGGAAUGCUACCACAGCACGGCCAGGAUCCAGCUCGCGAGACGGGUGGACGUCGCCGCUGUCAGCGCCAGGGUGCACGCCAUGAGGACCACUACGCCGAGGGUCUGGUGGAAGGCAAUAUGCUACCACUACGUGAGAAGGAAGCGGCAGGUCACGCGAUAUCGGAACGGUGACGCCUACACCACCACGCAGGUCUACUAUGAAAGGGUGAACACGCAUAGUGCGAGCACGUCGUUUGCACACGCGUGCUGUGGCCAGCGCGAUGCGUCUAGGAACUUGGUGCUCGACACCAAGACUCCUAUCACUAAGGUGCGGUUUAGCAAGGGAUUUGCAUUUGCUAACAUCGAGGCUGCUAGUGAAUUCGAAGACCAGCGCUCAAGGUUUUUUGCUGAGCAUGAGAGAUUCGACGAUUUCAUGGAAAUGCGGGAAGGAUUAGAUCUAAUUGGAGUUAGCUCUUUUAAAGAAUACAUGGUAGCAUACAGGGAUAUCGAUCGCUGCCCUUGGUAUUCUUCACAAAUACUUUUCUGGACGCUCUCCUGUCUACUUCUGUCUUGGCCUCUUCGUAUUUUGAUAGAAUGUAAUACCGCCUAUGUACACUAUACGAUUACGAAAAUAUUUGGUACAAACUACGAGCUAGAUCCAAGUAGGCAGUUGGAUCUGGAUACCCACCUGUCCGACACGUUACCACCAGUUACAGCCACAAACUACGCUUGGGCCCUCGCGGACGAGCAAAGCGCUGUUCUCACUUCAGCUCCCCGUCCACUCCGAACUCUUCCCCUAUCUCACGCCUCUACAGUAGACAGCCUCGAGCUAUUCGCAGCUAUUCGAGGCAAUUGUGCCUUAGUACCCUCGUAUUCUGAAGCGAUGCGCAUCGACGCUGCUGUCAGAGAGGAACCAACCGAAAACACUGCCAACAAUAGUGUUUUGAUUGACGUCGAGCCCGAUGCAAGACCAAGAGCAGCUAUAAAGGCAGCCUCGUUCGAUGAACCUCCCAGACGACCACGAGUUCCUAUAGCUAGUACGCAUUCAAGCCACAGUAUUGCGACGAGUGCUCGGCCUAAUGAAGCUAAAUUGUUGAAUCGGCGGUCUUGGGCGGGCGUGUUGACAACCGCACGAAGCGCUAGACAAAUUUUAGAAGACUUUAGGACAUCUAAUCCGCCAUCGUACACACCGAUACCGGAACCUCAUGUUAGUAGAAAUGAUGAAGGUACUUUGUAUUUCUCGAGAGAGCUGUCGCCGACGUGUUCUCGGGAUCCUUUCGGAGGUAGGGCACAAACGACUCCGACUGACGAACCACCAACGUAUGAGGAAGCGUUAAAGUUGCCUGCAUUGAGGAGACUGACGAGGUCUAUAACAGGGACCGAUCUCGCUGGACCUCGAAGAGCAUUCCUAAGAGACGUGCUGUCGAACAGGCGUUCGUGUUUGGAAGGAGUUGGGGUUUUAGCUGGGUCUAAGGUCGUUAGGUUACCAUACACUGAAGGUGAUGAAACACCUCUAUAGCGCUUCAGUAAAUGUGCAAUUGACUUAUUAUGGUGCAAUAAUGUUAGCAUAGGCAAAAUAAAACUCGUAUGUAAUAAGCGAAAA